GGAACCGAAAAAUGUUGCGUGUCAAAUGGUUGGAGGGGAAUGGGAGGCUCGUCAGCCCUUUCCAUCCACAGUUGUCUCUCAUUAACUCACCUCCCGUUUCUCUCUCAAUUCUUUCUGACAAUUUCUUCAUUUGUCUUCCUCGUCUGGCCUCACACCAAUAUCAAACUAUUUUCCAAUAAUCAUCUAUUACAUCUACAUACAAGAUCCGCGGGAAUUAGUCUAAUUUCUCACCAUGGCUGGCAGAGAAAUGUUGCAAAAAAUGAAGGAAAAAGUGGGUUUAGGUUCAUCUGCAUCUGAAACAGGAAAAGGUAAGAGUAAAAUGCACAAACAUGUUACUCAUGGUUAUCACACAGUUGCCGGGAAAGGACAUCAUGCUAUGGAGGAUUAUCUUUUUGCACAAUUUAAGCAAGUUGGUGACAAUGAGCUUGGUCUGUUUGCGAUAUUUGAUGGUCAUCUUGGUCAUGAAAUUCCCGACUACUUGCGGUCUCAUUUGUUUGACAACAUUUUGAAUGAGCCUGACUUCUGGACUCAAACUGAAAAUGCUAUUCGAAGAGCAUAUCGGAUCACUGAUGCUACAAUACUAGAGAAAGCAGUUGAUUUGGGUAAAGGUGGCUCAACUGCAGUCACGGCAAUAUUAAUUAAUUGUCAAAAACUUGUUGUGGCUAAUGUUGGGGACUCUCGUGCUGUCCUCUGCAAGAAUGGGGUAGCAAAGCAGCUUUCAGUUGAUCAUGAACCUAAUAAAGAGAGGCGAAACAUUGAGAAUAGAGGUGGAUUUGUUUCAAACUUUCCAGGUGAUGUUGCACGUGUUGAUGGACAGUUAGCAGUUGCAAGAGCAUUUGGUGAUAAGAGCCUGAAGCAACACCUCAGUUCUGAACCGGAUGUUUCUGUAGAGAUCAUAGAUGACGAUACGGAGUUUGUUAUCUUAGCUAGUGAUGGCAUAUGGAAGGUAAUGUCAAAUCAAGAGGCAGUCGACUGUGUGAAAGACAAAAAGGAAGCUCGGGCUGCAGCAAAGCACCUUAAUGAGGAAGCUGUAGCAAGGAAAAGUAGUGAUGAUAUAUCAUGUAUAGUCAUCAAGUUCAAAUGAUAAUUCUGGCCUACUAUUCUCAUUCUGUAGUUUUCUGAUAUGUUCUCUCAAUUGUCCAGUCAAUUGGCCUUGGACCUCUUGGUUUUUGUACAGGUUUUUAAAGUGCUUGUUGUCUUUGAAAAAAAAUGUGCAGAGAAAGUACAGUGGCGUGUGUAUAAGCUCCCAAGUAAAUUGAACUCUGUUCAUCAUUUGUCUGUCUCAGCAUGUUGAUUAUUCGUGAUGGUUUACAACCCCUUUUUUUUUUUUUUUCCCUAUACUUGCUAUCGUCUCGAAAGCUUAAAUGUACAAUAUACUGGUUAAGGUUGCUGUCGUGCUGUUGUACAUAGCAGUAAAGUUUUGCCGUUAGCACAUUUGUUCUCUGAAAUGUAACUGUUUGGAAUUUCGCUGAA